CGCGCUCUCCUGCAUGAAAACAGGAAGUUGCGCUGACAAGAGACCGUAGUCAACGACGUUGUUGUUUUAAUGAAGCUCAAACAGUUUAGUUACGAGGACCAUGGAAAUGAAUUAUCAAAACACUGCACACGAGUCCAGCUCCAGAGAUGACCAUCAUUGGGUGGAGGAAAUCUUCCCUCCUCGUUUCACUUUCCAAAACCUGCUGGAAAACCAGACCAACACAAACAAACAAUGCAGUAGCUCAAUGAAACCACCAUCAGCCCUCUCCACAGACAUAGAUGAACCCCAGAGGAGCCACAGAAGGGAGAUAUACCUGAAAGCUUUGAAAGAGGUUCAGCAAACUGAGCGACUGCACAAGAAGGAGGCCCUAGCGAAGAGAAUUAUUAGACCUGUCGAUGAAGGAGAGACCUCUGAAAAUCCUACCGACCAGAGCGAGACUGCGGGACAGAGGUGCAUUUGGAAUGAGAGGGACAUCACCAAACUGCGGGCUGGUUUAGAAGAAGUGGAGAGGGGCAGAUGGCGACUAAAGCGACAGCUCAGUUGUUCAGAGGAGCAGCUUAAAGCAGAACAUGAGGAAAGGAUGAAGCUGCAAGGCCUGGUGGAGAAGCUGGAGGAACAGUUAAGCCUUUCCAAAAAAAGGGCUGCGCGUCAGGCCCUCAUGAUAAAUGAUCUGAAGUCAGAGAGCCAAAAAAUGAACGCUCAGUUACAGAAGCUGACUAUACAGGUCAGGGAAACGGAAGAAGAGGCAGACAGGUGGAAGACAAGUCUGAGGAAAGCAAAAGAGGACGUGCAGCAGAUCGUGCAGGAGCGCUCCAACCUCGCGUGGGAACUGGAAAGAGCGCAAGCGCAAUGCAAAUCUGAAGGAGACAGACUGGGAAAAGCAGCUCGGAUAGAAAAUGAGGCUGUGCUCCUGAAGCUUCAGAGAGAGGUGAAGCAGACCCGAGCUGACCUGUGCGCAGAGAGAGAGAGUCACGCACGGAGCCGUACAGCCCUUGAGCUCUUACGCAGACACUUUAGCAGCCAAUAAUUUAUUGCAAUAAUAAAACUGUGACUUAAAAUGCAGCCAUUUAAAUCUUUUUUUAAAUAAAGACAAAAUUGAUGUUACCGCACACAAGAAGUGCCACUGUUUAUUUUAUUUUCAAUAUGCCUCCACGCUUUCUCUUUUUUCAAAAUAAAACUUUAUGUACAUAUACAAUCCUCUCCCACAGUGGAAAAUAUAACAGAAAUCUCAUAGGAAAAAUGAGUGAAAACAGUGAAAAGCAUAGCAAACAUUAUCAGUCAAACUGCAAAUAAUUAAGGUGUAGGCUAUACAAUCCACCAUAAUAAUUUACCAAAGAUCUAACAUAUUAUUUUGAAUCUCUUUGUCAGAGAUCACCAUCACUGCAUGGACAAUCUAAAGCCUCAAAGCUUCAAUGAACUUAAGGACAAAAACCCUGUUAGCGGAAUAAUCACAUUUGGCCAAAUACCCAUUCUUGCACAUGUGGUAUCAAGUGACAUUUAAUGAAACGGCGGAAAUAUUUGGUUAUCGAUAGCUGUAGAUCUUUUGGGAAAAGGUGACUGAAUCAGUCUGGGCCACCGUUCAACACAAAGGCUUUGUGAAUUCACACAUGAUGCAGUUUAUAAAAGCAAAUAAAGGCAGCUCAGAAGGUUUUUCACAUCCUAAAUACUUACAAUAAAGUUCCACAUGCACAAGUCAUACUUUCACAAAAACAUUUGCUUCUGGUGAUGAGCGGGCUGAAACGAUAUCAAAGCACAAGCACACAUUGACAUUUGGAGGAAUCCAUUAAAAACCUUUUAGUCAAACUGGCUCAUUUACACAAGCACGGCAAGUGCUUUCCUCACACUCCUGACAUUCUGUGUACUCAUUAGCAAACUGAACAAAUUUAAUCGUUUCCCUUGUACGUCCUAUUCAGCAUUACAAGACCACAACUUUGGCAUGUUGUAAGGUCUUAUAUGAGCUUGCAUAAUUCAAACUACCGCCCCACAUCCAAAAUAAUACCAGAAACACUUUACACUAAGGUUUGAUUUGUUAACAUUAGUUAAUGCAUUCAGUACCAUGAACAUGAAGUUAAUGUUAAUUAAUAAUGAAUAUGCUAUUGUUCAUUAUUAAUUCAUUAAUUCAAAUCAACUAAUGUUCAUGUAUGCAACUUAAAAUGUAUAUAUAGAAAUUAACCAAAAUUAAUAAAUGCAUUUACUAACGUUAAUGAACUCAACCAUACUGUAAAGUUUCCCCACAAUAUCUAUUGAAACAAAGCGGGGGG